ACCAAGUCCACUGGAGGCGUCGCGACGCAAAACCGAAAUAUACGGAAAACUCGCGAAUAAUUUCCGAGCAGGAAGUUCAUGAAGUUGGAAAUAACUUGAUUUGGAAACGGUUGGUGAUUAUUUAUCAGACCAUGUGAUGCGGCCUUAGGGCGGUUUAUUGCUUGUGAAAGUGUACCGUGUGGGGUGACAAAUUGUUUAAGUGAUUUUUGUGCGCCAAUAAACUUUUCAAAUCUGGCUGCAUUUAUUGGAUUGAAACAGUCAACUUAUACCAUGUGUUUGUUCGAGUAUAUGAUGCGGAACAGUUCUUCUUUCCAUUAUAACCAACGCCUUGUAGUAACGGAGGUUUGACUGGACAUGAUACAGUUAAGUUUUGUGAAGUGGGCCAUCCUCUUGGCGCAAUUAGUGUUAAGUGAAGGAUAGCUGAAAUGAUCGCUAUGGAACUGCAAAAAUGGAUCUUGUGUUUUACUUUUAUUGUCUUCCACUUUGCCGGGCUCUGCGCAGAAACACAAGAUUCCGACCUGGAUCUGGCAGACGGCGGGGACAUUCAGAACGAGCUUGGGGCCUCGUUUCCGCCCUUGGAGAGUCCUCCAGUUCACUUUGCCACAGAAAAUAACACGGUCGUGACAGCACAAACGGGGUCAACUGCGCUACUUCCGUGUGUCAUCAACAAUAUAGGAGAUGGAACCGUCUCAUGGAUCAGAAGGAAGGAUUAUUAUCAGCUGCUUACAGUGGGCUUAACGACUUACAGCAGCGACGACAGGUUUCAAACCAUCCACUUGCAGCACUCAGAGUUCUUUCUUGCAUUUCAGGACUGGACUUUGCAAAUAAAAUUCGUGCAGCAAAGAGAUGCUGGUAUGUACGAAUGUCAAGUUUCGUCACACCCCUCAACAAGUAUUUUCGUUCAACUCAACGUAGUAGAGGCACGAGCUGACAUCGAAGGCCCUUCUGAAAAAUACCUAAAACCAGGCAGUGGACUCCGACUGCAGUGCACCGUUCUGCAGAGUACAGAACCGCCAGCGUAUGUUUUUUGGUAUCAUAACAAUAGGAUGAUAAAUUAUGAUGUUGAUCGGGGGAUCAACGUUACGACAGAACUAAGUGAGAAGAGUAGUACUUUGACAAUCACCAAUGCCGCCACAAGGCAUUCGGGGAACUACUCAUGCUUUCCGAGCAACGCCCAAGGAGCCAGCACUUAUGUGCACAUUUUAAACGGUGAAAAUCCUGCGGCAAUGCAACACGGUGGACGAGGAUUAUCCUGGCUUCAAUGUAGCCCUUCGUCCUGGCUGCUGAUUGCAUUUUCCCUAAUAGUGCUCAUGUGCUAGUUACGGUGAAAAUAGAACAGAGCCUUUUCAAAUAUAUCUCCUAGGUGAUUAAAUAAAUGAAUGAAUUUUUAGCGUUUUUAUUAUAUGGACUGAACAUGUAUGAUGUUGGUAUUAAGAACUAAAAUGUUUUCGACUGUAAGGCUUUUACUACUUUCAUUAGCGAAUAGAUAUUAAUUUCCCAGGGUUUAUUCAAGUGGAAAAUUGUCGCAUAGUCGUUCUUAGAAUAUAAUGUUUUAAUGUGAAUAAAAUUAUAACACGAGUAAAUAUAAUGUAUGAUUUUCUUGGGAUAUUUGUAUCGUUCUCUCUUUAGGAUGCAUAAUUUGAAGAAACUUUAAAUUUGCUGAUAUCAGUACUUUUCCUGCUGACAUUAUUUAGAUUUUUUAUGUAUAAUAAAGUUUUUCUCAAAUAUUUACGGAUUUUCGCACAAUCGUUUUCUUGAAGAGUGGUCUAUAAAAUAAAGCAAAAAGAUGUCGAGGUUAAGAAAAAUUAUUGAACAGAAUUGUACUACGAUUGGGUUGCACUGGCAUAUAUAUUUACAACACUACGAAACCAACUCCAAGUGAAUUCUACAAUGUAACGUGAUAAUACUGUUAGAAAUAAAUGAAAUAUUUUGUAAUAAAUUCCAUAAUGUAUCGCACACUGUGUUUGUAAAUAAGUAUCAAAUAUUUAAUUUCCACGUACACUUUUGUAAUUAGAGCCACUAAUAACACACUUCUUGUUCGAUUAACUUUAGAACUCAAAACUUUAGUCUAAAAAGCUUUAGACUUUUCGAACUAGUUUUCAAGUAGCCAAACUUUGCACAAGACGUUUUCAAAUCACAAUGGAAGGCCUCCAAGUUUAGUGUAAAUAUACCAACAUAAAAAUGGUAAUUUCGAGCUGACUGUAUGCCUUUGUUAUAACGAUUUCCAUAUUCUUUUAUAGAUAGGUUACAAGUGACUCAUUGGAGUAAACUAAUUCUGGCAGUAUUUUCUGAUCACGGCGCAGCUUUGCGUUGUAAUUGAACAAUAUUGAUACAAAUUUCUCAAAAUUUAAAACAUGUACAUGUCGCUUUCUUCUAAACAGUGCAUGUCAAUACUAAACUGAUCUGUUUGAUAAUGAAACCUUCACCUAAACUAAUAUCUCUAUUAAAAUACCUCUUGAUAGUUGGUAUUGUGUGUUGGGUUGGAUGAUAUGUGGAUAUAUUACAUGAAAAAUACUCGGUUUUAUAUAAGCAUGUAUCUAAUGAACAGUAUUUGACUCUACCUACACCUACCUAUCCAAAUUCAUUCUUUCUCACAUCAUUACCAUUGAGGAGUAAUUAAUGAGUAUAGUUUAUAGACGCAGAUACAUUGUUGUAUAUUUUUAAGAUAUGGUGCAAUUAUUGAAAGUUUGUAGGUAGUUCUAAUUUAAUAAACCCUAUGAUAAGAAGGUAUCUAUGUAUAUGUCACUUCUGCUGUAUUCAUUUCAUACAUAUGUAGCGAGUAAUUGAUUGACUACUUAUACCUACUCGAAGGCCCUGUCUGUUGAAAAUAUUCAGAAAUUAAUUAAUGUUGCUCUGUUUAAGUGAUAGCAAAAGUUGCUGUUGCAAAGAACUUAUUGCCUAAGUCAUAUUCAUAACAAACAUAUACACUUGGCUGGUUAAAAGGAACAUAAACACAGGAUUUUAUACGAAAAUGUGUUAAUUUUAAAUAUGCAGUUUCUAUACAUAAUUCCAUACCUUAAGUGGAAUCGCAAAAGUACAUUGUAUCUUUGCCAAUUAACUUACAGUCCACAUUUUUGAAGUAAAAAAAAUUGUCAAAUAUUUCAGGAAUUAACUAAAUUGAGAUUCUCAUAAUUUUUUUAAGUACCAUACGGCUCCUUUAUAUAAGAUGUAGAUAUCCACAUUACCAAAACAUAAUCAGUGUUUCAGUCAAUCCUCUGUAGCUCCAAUAAUUGAUCUGUGUUUACUUGUUCGAAACUUUGAUUUAUGAAAAAACCUAUUGAGCUUAACUUUUUUCUAAACUUAAGUUUGAUUUAUUUUGCCUUUUAUCUGAUUUUGUGAAAUUUAUGUUAAAUAAUGCAUUACUAAAUCAUUGAGACAUCGAGGUAGACAAUGAGUUUAACGAGUGCAUCUUUUUCUAAAUGAAAUCCUCUACACGAUUAAAUCAUCAACUAAUUUUAAAAGUUUGACGAUUUUAACGACACUUUUAACGACGUGUUUUGGGCUGUGGAUGUUUUGAUUAUUUGGAGUGCGUCAACAAAUUGUUUUUUUAUUGUCAACCUUUUGUUAUUAAUUGAACCAUUCAAUCGAUUAGAGCAGUUAUGAUUUUCAUUACUUCUGUUUGUCAACUUUGUUUAAAUUUUAAAGGUUUAAGUAAUUAUUAACUUUCAAAUUGCAUUUUAAAUUACAGUACGACUAAAUAAUUGAUAAUGUAUUUUCAUUGGGUGAAAUUGAGCCAUAAAAGUAAAUUACUGCUUAAUGAAUAUUUAUUCUAACAAAUUAAUGUUUUCAACAAAUAAUUGCCUUCAUAAUGUAAAAACUUUGUUACUUCACAAAACCUAUAUUAUGUAUAGAUUGUACGUGUAAAAUAACAAAUAUAUUUAAAUGUACAUAU